AUGUCGGAAUUAACACCUAUCCGACUUCCACCUUCUGCUCCAUUCCCAGUAAUCAUAUCCUCCAUAUUAUGUAAUGAAGGAGAUACAGUCCAAAAACAUAAAACAAUCUUCAAAUAUAAAUAUUGGGAUUAUCAAGAUGACCCCAAUUCAAAAGAUGAAAACCCACCUCAAAUUAGAGUUGAACGAAUAGGUACUUUUGAAAGUCCAAUUGAAGGUCAAAUCCAUCAUAUUAAUAUUAAAAUAUUAGAUGAAAUCACCCAUCUGGGUAUUGAAUUAUGUUCAAUUAAAGAACCUUGUACUCAUACUGUUCAAUAUGGUGGAUUAUGUGCCCUUUGUGGGAAAGCUUUAGAAGAUGAAAAAGAUUAUUCCGGUUAUAAUUAUGAAGAUCGGGCCACAAUUGCUAUGUCUCAUGAUAAUACUGGAUUAAGAAUUAGUCUUAAUGAAGCUGCCAAAAUUGAACAAUCUACAACUGAUCGAUUAACUGAUGAAAAAAAAUUGAUUCUUGUGGUUGAUUUAGAUCAAACGGUAAUUCAUGCCACGGUUGACCCCACGGUGGGAGAAUGGCAACUGGAUCCCAGUAAUCCAAAUUAUCCUGCUGUUAAAGAUGUUAAAACUUUCUGUUUGGAAGAAGAUCCAAUUAUCCCCCCUGGUUGGACAGGUCCAAAAUUACCUCCUACGAAAUGUUGGUAUUAUGUUAAAGUUAGACCAGGAUUAGCUGAAUUCUUACGAGAAAUUUCAAAAAGAUAUGAAAUGCAUAUUUAUACAAUGGCAACUAGAAAUUAUGCAUUAGCAAUUGCAAAAAUUAUUGAUCCUUUGGGAGAAUAUUUUGGUGAUCGGAUCUUAAGUAGAGAUGAAAGUGGUUCAUUAACUCAUAAAAACUUAAAAAGAUUAUUUCCAGUAGAUCAAUCUAUGGUUGUUAUUAUUGAUGAUAGAGGUGAUGUUUGGCAAUGGGAAAGUAGUUUAAUUAAAGUUGUCCCCUAUGAUUUCUUUGUCGGGAUUGGUGAUAUUAAUUCAAGUUUUUUACCGAAAAAAAAUGGACAAAUUACUGGACCUACAAAAAAGAGAAAAUCAAUUGCAAAAUUAGAAGCUCAACAAAAUCCAAUUCAAGAAACUGCAGAAGAUGUAUUUGAAGAACAAGCAAUAGAACAGCAACAACAGCUUGAACAGAAGCAACAAGAACAUCCAACUUCUAAUCCAGUGGAAAGAAUUAUUGAAUUAGGUGGAGGUGAAGAUAAUGCUAAUUUAUUAUUAGAACAAUCAAUAUCAAGAAAUCAAAAUCUUGAACAACAACAACAUGAUCGUCCAUUAGCUAAAUUACAACAUGAUUUAGAAGUGUUACAUCAUCAACACCAUCAUCAUCAUACCGAAUCUGAAAAUGGUCAUAUAUCAGAUGAGCAAGAACAAGAAGAAGAAGAAGAUGAAAGUGAAGAUGAUAAUUUAUUAUACGACGACGAUAAUGAAUUAAUUUCAUUAAAUAAAGUUCUUGUAAAUAUUCAUCAAGAAUAUUAUAAUAUCUUAGAAAAAGCAACUGAAGAAUAUAUGAAACCUGACCUAACUGAGAUAAUACCGAAAAUGAAAUCUCGUGCAUUGGCCGGGAUAACCAUAUUAUUCUCCGGUAUAAUCCCCUUGGGUGUCCCCAUCGAUCAAUCAGAUAUCGUAAUUUGGUGUAAACAAUUCGGAGUCAAAGUAGUUAAUGAAGUAUAUCCCGAAGUAACUCAUGUUGUAUGUCGUGAUAUCUCCCAAGAUUCAGGUCCAACUUUUAAAGCAAGAGUUGCUCAUAAAUUAUAUCCCGAUUCUAUUAAAUUAGUUAACCCGGAUUGGUUAUUUGCAUGUUUAAGUAAUUGGACUAAAGUUGAUGAAGAUGAUUAUUUAAUAAAUACCACGAAUCCAAAAACUUGGGAAUUGAAUCAAAGGGAUUUAGAUAAAUAUUUAAAAAUGUUAGAAGAGAAUAAAGAUCGGGAAUUGAAUUCUGCAUUGAUGGAUACUACUAGAUUUGGAUCCAUUGAAUCGUUUGAAGAUUAUGAUUUGGAUGAAGCAAAUCAAGAAGUUGAUGAUUUCUUAGCUGGAUUAAGUGAUGAUGAGGAAGAGGAGGAGGAUGAGGAGGAAGAGGGCGAGGAUGAAGAGGAUCAGCAAGAAGUUGAACUUAUUGAAAGAGGCGCUGAGAUUGCUGAUAAAGAGGAAGUAGAACUCGAAGAGAAGGAAGAGGAACAACAAGAGAAUGAACCAGCUGAUGAAUCUAAAGAAAGCAAUAUUAGUAAUGGAACUGGUCAUGAUUCAUUUAUAAAAGAAGCAUAUACCAAGAAAAGACCCAUCCAGGAAGAUGAAGAAGAUGAAGAGAAUGAGCUCAAUAAGAAACAGAAACAAGCUGAAAAUGAUGAAGAGACUCCACAAUUGGAUGACUUAGAGAGAGAAUUAGAACAAGAAUUACUUGAAGGGUUUGAUGAUUUAGAGGAAUAG